CUGCUCGAGAGCAGAACACAGGAGUUAAAGGCGGCGAGGCAGCAAACUGGAGAGGCGUGGGAGCUUUAUCACAAAUUAUCCGCCAGAUAUACUGUAGCUGAAGAAAGUCGAGCUCGCAUGUUUACAGAGAAGCAAGAACUUCGGCGUCAGCUUGCACACAAGGAAUGCCAAGUAACCCUUGCGCGAGGCAAACUAAGACAAGCAGAGGAUGAGAUCUUGGCGAAAAUGCAGACCCUCCCGGAUAAGGUCAAGCAACUUGAACAACAACUGAGUAAGAAAACCGAGGCGGAGCAGGCUCUACGUAGCGAACUUGAAGAUGGCCAUGCGCAGAUCAUUGUAGUGCAGCGGCAGCUGGUGAUAGCAAAGGAACAACGAGAGAACCAACAUCGCAAUAGAAGCAGGGAGGAAGACAGCAGGAUUCAAGACCUUGUUUGCCGUAACAACACCCUGGUUGAGCAAACACAAGAAAUCACCAGCCGCUUCGACGGUCUUCAAGCUUCAUACUCCGAGAUAUGCCAACGACUUGAAAAUGCUCUAUCGGCCACUCGGCAGAAAGAUGCCCGCAUCAUGGCCCUCGAAAGCGAGCUCAUCUCGACUCGAUCUGUAGCGGAGAACAUCGUGAAGGAAGCUCAAGAGUCCCUUGCUCAAACCCACCAGACCGAGGCCUCUCUGAGACAGUCUAUGCAGGAUAUCAAAGCCGCCUGCGAUGCAACCCUCCAUGAGGAACGCGCAGCGAGCGCCGAAGCCCGAAAGUGGGCCUCUUCUCUUGCAGGGGAGGUCCACGACCUACAAACCAAAGUCGGCCUUGCCAUGAGAGACGCCCAGCGCAGCCAUAAGCAAGCAGUGGACGCAGCCCAAACAAUUGAGGUUCUCGAGCGCCGACUAGCCAAGUGGGAAGGCCCCGCGGCGAACGGACAGGAAAUCCCCAAACGACAAACCGGAAACAUUGGGUCGAUCUCGACAGCGCUCGAGCAGUGCCGAGUGACGGUCUCUCAGAAGCAGAAUGAGAUUAACGAUCUCUACCGUCAGCUCGCCAAGGCAAAGACACCCAAGGACGAACUUGGCAAGCCAAGUGUAACACAAGACGUGCCGCAGCUGCGCGCAUUUCUAGAAUCGGAACGGAGGGCGCGAACUGAAGAUCAGGUCCGCUGGGAUAGGAGAACUCGCGAAUUAGAAGCAGAGAACCAAAGGCUUCGUAUUUCCCUAUCAAAUGCCCGGACUUCAUCA